CAGAGUUAGUAGAUUGUUGUUGUACUUGCUGAUUUGUCAUCUGUUUUUUUUCUUUCUUUAAAGUGCAUAAAAAAUGGCUGAACGUGUUGAAGACUUAAACUUACCAGCUUCGGUUGUAACAAGAAUUAUUAAAGAGUGCUUACCAGAUGGAGUAAAUGUUUCUAAAGAGGCUAGAGUUGCUGUGGCUAGAGCAGCCUCAGUUUUUGUUUUGUAUCUAACUUCUACUUCUAAUAACCUUGCGACUCAGGCUAAUAGAAAAACCAUAUCGGCUAAUGAUGUUUUUAAAGCUUUGUCUGAAACAGAUUUUGAAUUUUUCGUUGAACCUCUGAAAGAUGCUCUGGAAGCACAUAAGAAAGUUUUACAAGAAAAGAAGCAGAAAACUGUGGAAAAAUCACUUGAUGAAAAAGAAGUCAAUGGUGAAAUAAAUGGAAAACACAACAGUAGUGCGAUUGAAGUUGAAGAUGAAGAGGAACAAGAAGAAGAUAAUUAAUAUGAGCUUUUUUUAAAUUAAAAGCACAAUCUGGUUAAGAAGUGAAAAUUAAUAUGUACAUAGUAG